AUGGAGGGAGAAUCAUCUUCUGAGAGAACGGGUUACGAGCCCCCUUUUGAGUCCAAGCAGCCAUUUCCGCCAUUGAUGGAUGAUCUUGUUUCACCCACAGACACACAUGGAAGCUAUUCAAGAGAUGAAAGCGUCACUUCCCCGAGCUACGAUGAAAUCGAGGUAGAGGACGAUGCCGAUUUCCAGUCGCACUACUCCCUUGACCCUCAGUCCCUCUCUGACUCGGAAUCGGAAGACUCGGCCGAUGAAAUUGGGCGCGAUCAUCCAUUCCGACAGUCCUCCAGCUCCCUCCAUGGGCCCAAUGCAUUCGCACCCCCCUUUUACAAUCGGCCGCCCACGCCAUUGCCGCCCUCGCCCUCGCUAACCUCUCUGCUACGGCCACCUUUUUCCACCACGACUUCCCGUCCUACAACGCCGGACAGCUCUGAUGUUGAGACCCCAAAUGAUACGGAGGCUGCUGUGGCCAAGUCGGCCCGUCGCGCAACUACCGUCCCCCGCGCCAGCCCUAAGGUUCCGACAUAUGAGUACUACGGAUUCGUGCUCUACUUGGCUUCGUCACUUGCCUUCUCUAUACCCUCCUGGUUGGUGAUGUCUAUUGUUUACAUCUACAUUGCACUCGCCUCAUACAACACGGGAUAUCUCACCUUGCCCAUGAACAGCAUUGAAAACAUUGUUGAUGAGGUUGCCAAUGUCGCAGUCAUUGAUGGAAAGGCACGGCGACGACCGGGCGGAGCGACUAAAAUGAAACCCGGGGCCACUUCAUUCCAGAUUAUGGGCCCGCAAAAUCGGAAGGUGAAUUGGUGGGAGAUCUGGAAUGAGGGCACAGAUGCGGUCAUGGAUAUUCCCGUUGGUGGUGUAUGUGAGGUGUUAUACGGACAAGAUCGCGACGAGGAUGGUUUCGACUCAUAG